AGUUCCAACAUGGCGACUUCCAAUUGGUUUCCGCGGAACGCAGAAGAUAACAAUUCAGCUGUCAUCAAUCUGACAGACAGCAUGCUGGAAAGUGACGACUUGGAUGCCACGGCAGCAGACCCCACCCGGCAACCAGAUGCCUCCGCAUCCAUGGAGAGGCAAGAGAUGCCGAGAGUGGAGAGAAAUGGAGAAGACCCUCAGUCAGCAUUCAUGGAUGCAGUGAAGACACAGAUGGCAGAAACGGUUUGGCAGACAGGGAAGCAGCAGGCUCGUAAGGUCUUUGACGUGUAUGGUAACAUCGACCUGCUUCGGCCGUACUUUGAUGUGGAGCCCAAGACUGUAGUUCACAGACUGGUCUUGUCAUUAUUGCCGUUGAGACCCUCAAGCACUCCACAGAAGGCCGUCGGGGAGUUGUACGGGCCGCUCAUGAUCGUCCUUACCCUGGUCGCUAUCCUGUUGAUGGGAAUGAAGGAUGCAGGCCACACAGUGAGAGAAGGUACCCUGAUGGGCAGUGCUAUCGGCAUCAGCUUUGGUUACUGGCUGCUGGCGUCUGGCUUGUUUUAUGGUGUCUCCUUCAUCUGCAACACGCACAUCACAUUCCUGCAAGUGUUAUCCCUGACGGGAUACGGGAUGUUCUCGUUCUGUAUCGUGCUGUUCCUCGGUACAACACUCCACAGUGCAGUGUCACAUACAUUAUUCUACACUUCCUGGGCCAUCCUCGGAGGUCUGUCUAGCUUGAGAAUGGUGGGUGUGUACUUGUCGCGAACCAAGGGUCGAAGUCACAAACUGACGAUAGCCCUGACGGUUGCUGCCCUACACCUAGUCUUCCUGCUGUACCUGCACUUCACCUAUCACAAAAUCGUAGCAGACAAAAUGCCAACUGGGCUGAUGUUACCUGUACUGCAAAAUUUGAAUGAUUUAGUGGAGGACGCCUAUGGGAAAGCUUAUCAGGAGGAAAUGAACUUGGGUUAAAUCACCUGUCGCUAGCAUUCGAUGAAAUCCGAGGCCCAGUGUUCCAGGAACGAGGUAUUUAACUUCGAAUUAUAAACUCUUUUAUGUAUGAGAUACCUGGCUCUGACAAACUUUAUGCCCUACGUGGACUGUAUCAAAGGAACACCUUUUAUAAAGAUAUUCAUCGGGUUGGGAACAGAGCCGAAAUGUCUCGACGACACUUUUAAUAUAAUAUGCCUUGUAAACUUACUCCAUGGAAAAUCCGAAGCCACAACUUUUUGAUGGAGGCUAAUCUCGUUUAGUUUAUGCUAAUACCGUCAAGAGAUCUGACUCUACCAGAAGAAACAACCCUCGGUUAGUAAACACUGGCUUGAGCCCAACCAAAAUGUUGAACGGAUUGUAACAUGCAUUGUUUUGUAUUCUUUUAUUUUCUUGAGGAGUAAUUUACAGGUAAACAAAAGACAAAUCUGUUUGCAGCUACGUGUCAGUGAGAGCAACAUCAAUAUCCUAAGUCAUCAAAGAGAGCGUUAGAGACUUGCCUUUAAAACCCGUUGAAAGAAAGGUUACAUGUAUGUAUUAGAAAUAAAUGCUUUACUAAGCACAUGUUCAUUUUGAUCAAUCCCCAGGCUUGUUCUUACUUAUCUUUGCGACACAUGAAUAGCCCUUUUUCAUUGGUUGAUCAGUGCUGGUUUGUAGGAAACUAGGAUCUUCUUAUUCUGGCAUUGGAAACUGCCAAAAAGCUGACUUGGUUAAUUAAAAGGAUUUCAUGUAUCCAGUUCAGGAACAGCAUGGGUUAUUCUUGCAUCCGUUUCAGACAGGCGUUCUACAGUCGCGCCGAACCCAAAAGGACAUUUUGAAUUAAGUGGACAAAAGUUCGACGUCUGAAACAAUUAGGAGCGACCAGACCUGCUAGCAGGCGAAAGAUCGACACCUGAAGGUGCUCGGUACGUCACCAGAGCGACUUGGUUUCACACGUCGCUCUUUUCAAGGGUCAAACCCAAUGCAAAUGUACGUAUUACGUUUGCCUGCCGGAAACAAUAGUUGAUCGGGUCGACCUGAGUCUCUCUUAAUUGUCUCUCUUUGGUUAGGCGCGACUCUAAAACGCUUGAUACGGGUAUUAUACUGUUGUAGUGAAGGGAAGCCGCAUGUGGCGACAGAUUCCCAAUUCCAAAGAUUUUUUUCCACAUUCGGAGAGUUGUUGCAAAAUUGCACCAGCCAUUAUCUGAUUUAUAUGACCCCACACGAAAACGUUUCGACUUCAAUGCGCCAUCAUUGAUCACAUUAGUUUUGGAGCAAACGGUUCAAUGUCGUUGGUCUCCAACACUGAUUUUCAGAUGGUAUUGUGAUAUUAGAGUGGAGACCCAUAAAUCUCGUGGAUAUUGAAUGUUCACGCCCUCAAAUGAACUCUUUUUGCAGUUCUUUUCGAAACCUAGAACGUUCUUUACGUCCCACUCAUGGCUGUACUUUGAAUAGGCACAGAAGUGAAGUCGAAAGCCCAGUUUUUCUCUCAGAUGCGCGGUGCGCCUUGCUUUACCCUGCCAUCCGUCAUCUUUACUUAUAAAUGUUGUUUCUAUUGCAUUGUUGCCGUACUUUGAGAUAAAAAAGCUCGAGCAUGUUUCGAAGCGACCGAUAUAAACGUGUACAGUAAAAACGCGAAAAUACAGUGUAACUAAUGUAAAGUAAGAUAUGUAUAGUAUUUAAAAUAAACUUCUCUUAAGUAAAAGAAUCUUAAAACUACACGGUUAAUAAUGCUGAUCUGUAAACAAGUAGCCACUUUUUCGAGUUGCAAAGGCUCAUUGAUUGGUAAAUAAAUGCAUGCGAUGAGGACGAAAAUAAA